GAGCGCGCAAAACUGCUCUGCGGGUCAGUGAUAUCGUCAAGCAGGAUGCAUCAACUGACCGUUGAGAAAUCGAAUGAGAAAAAGAUAACCAAUGAAUGAAGAUCACAAAGGCCCUGAGCGGCAUCGCAUCAAACGCCGUCGACGGCCACAUUCAACAGGCCCUGCGAAGCCUCCACCCGGCCGGAGCGCGGCGGCUCGACGGCGGCGCUUUCGGCCGCCUGCUCCAGUACUGCACCGACCACCAGCUGCCCCGCCAGGCCAGGCAGCUCCACGCCCGCAUAGUCUUGUCUUCCGUCGUUCCCGACAACUUCCUCGCCUCCAAACUCAUCACCUUCUACGCCAAGUCGAACCGCCUCCGCGAAGCCCGCAGGGUGUUCGACGAAAUCCCCCAGAAGAACAUCUUCUCUUGGAACGCUCUGCUCAUCGGGUACGCGCUCCAGAGCAGAUUCGCCAACGCCCUGAGGCUGUUUUCGUCGUUGGUGUUCUCUUGCUCGGGGGACGCCAGGCCCGAUUUCUACACCGUAUCGUGUAUUUUGAAGGUACUGUCGUCCUCGUUUUGUGAUCCCAAGUUGGCCAGGAAAGUGCACUGCUUUGUCCUGAGAAACGGGUUCGACUCUGAUAUCUUCGUGGCGAAUGCGUUGGUUACAUUUUACGCGAGGUGUGAUGAAGCGGGCUUGGCGAGAAUUGUGUUUGAUAGGAUGCCUGAGAGAGAUAUCGUGUCGUGGAACUCCAUGAUUGCUGGGUACUCUCAGUGUGGGUACUAUAGGGAAUGUAAAGAACUGUACAGGGAGAUGCUGGAAUCGGGAUUGAGACCCAAUGGAGUAACAGUUGUUAGUGUAUUGCAGGCCUGUGGCCAGUCUCAGGAUCUGAUUUUUGGCAUGGACGUGCAUAAGCUUGUGAUAGACUGCCAAGUUCAGGUUGAUAUUUCUCUUUAUAAUGCACUAAUUGGGUGCUAUGCAAAAUGUGGAAGCCUAGAUUAUGCAAGGGAGUUGUUUGAGGAGAUGGAUGAGAAGGAUGAAGUCACGUACGGGGCAAUUGUUUCGGGAUACAUGGUUCAUGGUUUUGUUGACAAAGCAAUGGGAAUUUUCCAGGGGAUGAAAUGCCCUGGUUUGAGUACAUGGAAUGCUGUGAUUUCAGGUUUAGUUCAGAACAACCAUCACGGGGAGGUUUUGGAUUUGUUUCGAGAAAUGCUGGACUCCGGUACCAGACCCAAUACUGUGACACUUUCGAGCAUCCUUCCUACUUGUUCAUUUUUUUCGUACUUGAAGGGAGGAAAAGAAAUACAUGCUUUUCAGUUAAGAAGUUAUGAUCAGAAUAUUUAUGUUAGUACUGCCAUUAUUGACACCUAUGCAAAGUCGGGGUUCAUUAGUGGGGCACAACAGGUGUUUGAUCAUCUGAAAGGUAGGAGCUUGAUUGUGUGGACAGCUAUAAUAUCGGCUUAUGCAGCUCAUGGAGAUGCUAUAACGGCUCUCGGCCUGUUUGAUAACAUGCAGACUCGUGGGAUCCAACCUGAUCCAGUGACAAUUACAGCAGUUUUAUCAGCAUGUUCCCAUAAUGGGCUUGUAGAUGUAGCAUGGAAAAUUUUCAAUGAAAUGUUGCCAAACUAUGGCAUUGAGCCCUUGGUUGAGCACUAUGCUUGCAUGGUUGGUGUUCUAAGCCGAGCAAAAAGGCUAUCUGAAGCAGCAGAAUUUAUUCGCAUGAUGCCUAUUCAGCCAAGUGCCAAGGUUUGGGGCGCAUUGCUUAAUGGGGCUUCUGUAUCUGGUGAUGUUGAGCUUGGAAAGUUUGCUUGUGAUCAUUUAUUUGAGAUUGAGCCUGAGAACACUGGGAAUUAUGUUAUCAUGGCAAAUUUAUAUUCACAAGCUGGGAGAUGGGAAGAAGCGGAUAGAGUUAGGGGGAAGAUGAAGAACAUAGGGUUGAAGAAGAUUGCAGGCAAUAGCUGGAUAGAAAUGGACGGAGGUUUAAAGAGUUUCAUUGCAAGAGAUGCAUCAAGUGAUAAACAUGAAGAGAUUUACGAAGUUUUGGAAGGACUGCUUGGGCCAUUGAGAGAAGAAGGGUAUGUUUACAAAGAAGAGAUGGAUGAGGAGUCUCUUCACGUAUGAAGCUUUGGGAGAAAAUUAAAAGCUACUUGCAAAUUCAACAGCGAAUGGGGACAAAAUUAAUGGUGAGAAAUGCAUUGUGACUAACAUCAUUUCCUUCCAUUGAUUUUUAUGCUAUUGAUGAAAAGUCACUGGGUUCCAAGCACGUGAAGCUUUAUAUUUUGAAGGGGACUGAUAUCAAUCAGCAUGAGAGGCAGAUCGAAUUGAGUCUGAGCUGUUCCAUCCGGAGGAAACUAUCGAGGCUAGUCAAAGCUCCAUAAUGAUUGAGUAACUUUUGGAAUUUAGAUCCAUAACGAAAUUUCUUAAGCCUGGGCGAUGCUGGGAUAUGUAUACUGCUUUCCUUCAUGCUGCAAACAACGCGGCGACCACUGCCUUCUUUAACACCUGCAGUAUAAGGAUCUCUGAUUACUGAAGAACAGGAUGCUUAAAUUGGUUGACUGACAUGGGUCAUAUUCUGGAAAAAGAGGAAACCUUGGAUUAAGAAUUUUUGCAUACAAACUUCGAGUGAUUAAUUUAGUUGAAAAUAGCAACUUAGCUGAUCCACUUCCCUUUAUUUAAAUGAAGCUGGCCCUUAUCAUCAACAGCGAGCAUAAUGAUUGUAUCCUCUGCUGCUGGGGUUUAAUUCACUUCAGAAUCUUUCGGUACUGGUUUUGCCUUUUUCCAUCUGCUUUAGUCUGAAAAGGUGAACUUGCCCAUGAAGCAUCCAAGUACUCUAAUUGAUGGGCUAAAAACGUACUGUGCUCUUUUUGAUGUUUAUCAUUACCUUUUGACUGGUCGGCACUAAA